CGCGCCCUGCCCGCACCCGCCGGCCCUAAAGCUGUCACGAUGCAGCCGCCCGCGCCCUCCCGCCUGGGGCUGCUCCUGCUGCUGCUCCUGUGUCCGGCGCACGUCGGCGGACUGUGGUGGGCCGUGGGCAGCCCUUUGGUCAUGGACCCUACCAGCAUCUGCAGGAAGGCCCGGCGGCUCGCAGGGCGGCAGGCUGAGUUGUGCCAGGCCGAGCCAGAAGUGGUGGCAGAGCUAGCGCGGGGCGCCCGGCUGGGGGUUCGGGAAUGCCAGUUCCAGUUCCGCUUCCGACGCUGGAACUGCUCCAGCCAUAGCAAGGCCUUCGGGCGCAUCCUGCAACAGGACAUCCGGGAGACGGCCUUCGUGUUCGCUAUAACGGCGGCGGGCGCCAGCCAUGCGGUCACACAGGCCUGCUCCAUGGGCGAGCUGCUGCAGUGCGGCUGCCAGGCGCCCCGAGGCCGGGCCCCACCCCGGCCCCCCGGCCUGCCAGGCACCCCAGGGCCCCCCGGCCCCGCGGGGUCCCCCGACGGCAGCGCCGCCUGGGAGUGGGGGGGCUGCGGCGACGACGUGGACUUCGGGGACGAGAAGUCGAGGCUCUUCAUGGACGCGCAGCACAAACGGGGACGUGGAGACAUCCGUAUGUUGGUGCAACUUCAUAACAACGAGGCGGGCCGACUGGCCGUGCGGAGCCACACGCGGACCGAAUGCAAGUGCCACGGCCUGUCCGGCUCGUGCGCGCUGCGCACCUGCUGGCAGAAGCUGCCCCCGUUCCGCGAGGUGGGCGCGCGGCUGCUCGAGCGGUUCCACGGUGCCUCGCGUGUCAUGGGCACCAACGAUGGCAAGGCUCUGCUGCCCGCCGUCCGCACGCUCAAGCCGCCGGGCCGCGCUGACCUGCUCUAUGCCGCCGACUCGCCCGACUUCUGCGCCCCCAACCGGCGCACGGGUUCGCCGGGCACCCGCGGCCGCGCCUGCAACAGCAGCGCCCCGGACCUCAGCGGCUGCGACCUGCUGUGCUGCGGCCGCGGGCACCGUCAGGAGAGCGUGCUUCUCGAGGAGAACUGCCUGUGCCGCUUCCACUGGUGCUGCGUGGUGCAGUGCCACCGCUGCCGCGUGCGCAAGGAGCUCAGCCUUUGCCUUUGA